AUGGGCCUGGGGAAGCCCUCUGCCCCCAAAGCUAUUACCCAGCAGGACAAUGGCAGUGUAAGAACAAGGCGUGCAUUGCCCACGGCUGGAAGUGUGAUGGCAGGGAUGACCGUGGUGACUUCUCCAUUGAGGAAAUGUGUAGUUAGUCUGGUGCCCAUCACCAGCCCUCUUGAGAGGGAAGGCUCUUUUUGUCCAGAGGACAUGUUCAGAUGCGAUGAAAGGAAAUGCCUCCCAGAAUCCAGGAUAUGUGACAGGGAAGCUGACUGUACUGAUGGUACUGAUGAACCCAAGACGUGUGGUAAAAACUGCUCUCUGCUCAACAGAGGCUGUGACAGGCUGUGCGUGGACACUAACUGGGGUAUCCAGCAUUCAUGUGCCCCUGGAUGUCAGUUGCAGCCAGAUUUUCAGAGCUGUGGAGAUGUGGAUGAGUGCUCCAUGGCACACAACCCCUGUGGCCAGCUCUGCAAGAACACACCAGGAUCCUACUCUUGUGACUGCGCUCCAGGUCACCAGCUCCACAAUGGCACUGACUGCCGAGUGACAGAUGGUACCCUGAAGAUUCUCGUUGCAUCAAAUCAAGGGCUUGGUGUUCUGGAGAAAAGAACAGACAUAUAUGAGAUUUUUAUACCUACAAAAUCAAGGCCUACUUCUGUUGCAUAUGAUCUUGAGAGAGGCAUGUACUUCUGGGUGGAUAGCAUUUUAAAUGUGUUUGUUCUCAGGAAGCCAAAUUCUGUUCCUUUUUAUCCAGAACUGAAAGUAGUGAACAGUAUCUCUUUGGACUGGUUCAUGGGGCAGUUGUACUGGGCUAGCAGCUUCACCAGGGUCAUCUGUGCUGGCGUAAGUGUUGGCAGAGGCUAUGUAAAAGUCUUGGAAAAGGAUCUUAUACCAGAGCAGCUCAUGCUUCCUGAAAAGAAGUACAUGUUCUGGGUUAAAAGAGGUGAGAGAGGCGUGAGGACUAUUGAAAGCGCAGGGAUAGAUGUCUCUGAUAGGAAAGUACUUGCUGUUGUAACUAUAGAGGAGCCCGUAGGACUGACACUUGAUCACAUGACUGGAAGGUUCUAUUGGAUCAGUAACUAA